GGAAUGUGGGCGGAAAAAAGUGGCAGCGUUUUAGGAAAAUGUGGAAAAGUGGGAAUUCCUCUUCCAGCUGAUCGGCCGCCGCAGUGAGCGCGUUUCCGCUUCUUCAGGCGUCCCGAGGAGCUCCUGAGACCCUGCAUUCACCUCCAAACCCUCAGGUGAUGGUGUGUGUGUGAGACGCCUGUGGAUCCAGCCGAGUGUGUGAAGAAAUACUCCAGCAUGGAGCAGGACGACUUCCCCCCUCCUCCUCCUCCUCCUGACGUGCUCGAUGAGGAGGAAGAAGGUGAAAGUUUUGAGUUUGAUGAUGAAGCCCCCGAGGCUGAGCGUCCUCCUUUGUUCCCUCCUGCUCUGGAGAACGACUCUUCAGUCUACCUGGUUUUGGAGAAUGCUGAGGCAGAUCUCCCUCUGCCACCGCCGCCGCCACCAUCACUACUGCAGACCUGUCCUGCUGCUCCACACGGGGACUUCCCGCCACCUCCUGAACAGGGACAAAUUCAGGAUGGAGCAGAUAAGGAGCUCCCACCACCUCCAGGGGGCGCCGAUACACAAGGACCAAUAGGGACUCCCGGGUCCCAACCCAAAGCCAACCCGUACUCGGUGAUUGACAUUUCCCCGGAGAGCCCGUCUCCAUUGUCUUCCCCAGCCAAUGGGAAUGAAGCUGAUGUCCAGGAAGUACCCAGCAGUCCCGUUGUGCCCUCUGGAUACUCUGUGCCUGUGCCUUGCGGCUACGCCACGCCCUCCAGCGUCCCGAUCAUCACCCCCACCUACACCACGCCCGUCAUCAUCAGACACUUCUCCGUGGAUGAAGAAGUGACCGUUGUGGGGGCGGGGCAUCCUCUGACUGACGGCGUCUUCACUGAAGAAUGUCCAGUUAUAGCGGAGGAAGACGCUCUGGCGAAGUGGGCGUCGGACCCUGCGAACACGGCCUGGAUGGAGAAUCCAGAUGAAGUUAUUUAUGACGACGUUCCGAGAGAGAAUUCGGGAUCCACUACAGACGUGGAUGAGAUGAUCUAUGAUGAUGUGGAGCUUGGUGAGGAGGGAGGCAGCAGCUCCGUGGAGAACGGCUGGAGCUCUAGCGAGUUCGAGAGCUACGACGAGGAGAGCGAUGGAGAGAGCAGGCACGGAGAGAACGGCCUCCUCCCCAACGCCUUCAUCCGCCGACACACACCCAGCACCAAAACACACCUCUCUCAAGAUCUGACACGCUUGAAAGAGCACUAUGAGCGCAAGGUGAAAGAUCUCAUGGCCAAUGCAGUGGGUGCGGUUGAGCUGCAGCAGCUAAAACACAAACAUGAGCAGAAGAUGCAAAAGCUUGUGAGGGCGGCGAAGCACGGCACCAAAGACGGCCUGGAGAAGACUAAAGCGGCGGUGAAGAAGGGAAAGUCCUUCAUUCGAACUAAAUCUUUUGGCCAUGAGAGAAAGGCAUCAUGUUUUGAGGAAGAGCCGUCCGAGCUCUUCAUCGAGGUGGAGUGUUUAAACGUGGAGCCUGUACUAGGCCCCGCCCCUGAGGGCCUCUCUCAACAACAGGUGGUGAGGAGAUGUAUUCUGGAGUCAAUAUUAGAGAGCGAGAAGAACUAUUUAGACUCGCUGAAGAGGAUAUUAGAGCACUAUGAGAAGCCGCUGCAGGACACGGAGCCUCGGCUGCUGAGUGAGAGGAAGUGCAAGGCGGUGUUUUACCGAGUGAGGGAGAUCCUGCAGUGCCACGCCAUGUUCCAGAUCGCCCUGGCCAGCCGUGUGACGGACUGGGACCAGCACCAGACCAUCGGGGACGUGUUCGUCGCCUCCUUCUCCAAAUCCAUGGUUCUGGAUGCGUACAGCGAGUACGUGAAUAACUUCAGUACAGCCAUGGCGGUGGUGAGGAAGGCCUGCGCGUCCAAACCCUGCUUCCUCGAUUUCUUGAAGCAACGUCAGGAGUGCAGUCGAGAUCACGUCACACUCUACGGCCUCAUGAUGAAACCCAUCCAGAGAUUCCCACAGUUCAUUCUGCUCCUGCAGGACAUGCUGAAGAACACGCCGGUGGGCCACGCUGACCGCUUGCCCCUACAGAUGGCCCUGACGGAGUUGGAGACUCUGUCUGAGAAGCUGAAUGAGAGGAAGAGAGAAGCAGAUCAGCGCUGUGAGAUCCGACACAUUGCCAAGGCCAUGAACGAGCGCUACCUCAACAAACUCCUGAGUGUGGGGAGCAGGUAUCUGAUCCGCUCGGACGAUGUGGUGGAGACGGUGUACAAUGAACGAGGGGAGAUGAUCAAGACCAAAGAGCGACGGCUUUUCCUGCUGAACGACGUGCUCAUGUGUGCCACGCCCAACCUUCGCUCUCCUCAGGAUGGCGGAGGUGCCGUUGUUCCUUCAGGCCAGCGUUUCCUGUUAAAGUGGAGCGUUCCUCUCAGCCUGGUGGAGCUGGUGGAGUUCGGCUCCUCCGAGGAGAUGGGAGACUCCGCCCCUUUCCCCGCCCCUCACUCCGGAGAGAAGGUGGUCAUCAACGCCAAGCCAAAUAAGUUGUACAUGGGUCCGGGCCAGCUUUAUCAGGACCUGCAGAACCUGAUCCAUGACCUCGGCCUCGUCAGUCAAAUCUCCAUCAUGAUCAGCAGCCUCAAGGGCAACUACCAGAAUGUGAAUGGGACAGUAGCUCAGGACUGGAUCUCGGGUCUUCAGCGUCUUAUCCUGAAGAAAGAGGAGGAGAUUCGAGCUGCUGAUCGCUGUCGCAUCCAAUUGCAGCUACCUGGAAAACAGGACAAAUCUGGCCGACCCACGCUCUUCACAGCCGUCUUCAACACCAUGACCCCAUCUAUCAAGCAGGCCUGGAUCAGCAAACUGCAGAUGGCCAAGCUGGCUCUCGAGGAGUAUAACGUACAGGGCUGGUUCAUCGCUGACGAUGAUGGGAAUCAGAUUAAGAAGCAGAAGCAUCCGCUGUUGCUCAAGCACAUGCCUGUGGUCAUGUCCAGACUGCAGGAGUUUAAGGUGGAGUGUGCUGUCCAUAACCCAGAGCCCCACGUGAACAGUGAGAGCACAGCGGACGUGCCGGCGGUGGGACAUGGCUGUGUUUGGGUGGCCAGCUGCACCAAUCAAAUGGCUCAGAUCGCCGUCGUGGCCAUGCAGAACUCCAGCCCGAAGGUGACCGAGUGUUUCAACGUAGAGUCGCGGAUCCUCUGUAUGACCUACGUACCGGUAGACGAGCCCCUGGAGGACGGAGAGGGAAACUCCGAGCCACGGCGCUCCAACACACCCACUGUGUGUGUGGGGAUGGAGGAGGGCAGCAUCUCUGUCUAUAAAAGCAGUCAGCGAUCCAAGAAGGUCCGACUGCAGCACUUCUUCAUGCCAGAUAAAGCCGCCGUGACGUGUUUAGCAUAUAAGGGUCCGUUUCUGUAUGCCGGGCUGGUCAGCGGCUGCCUCGCCAUCUACUCACGAACUCCGGACGGUUCAUGGGAUUCCUCCAGCGUGCAGUUACUGAAGCUCGGUGUGCUGCCGGUGAAGGCGCUGCUGGCCGUCGGGGAGUGUGUGUGGGCAUCAUCUGGUGGACACGUCUUCAUCAUCAGUGCUCGUACACACACUGUGGAGCACCAGCUGGAGGCGCAUCAGGAGGAGGGAAUGGUCGUGUCCCAAAUGGUGGUAGCAGGAGUGGGCAUCUGGAUCGCCUUCAGCUCGGGUUCCACACUCCGCCUGUUCCACACUGAGACACUGGAGCACCUGCAGGACAUCAACAUCGCUACUCCUGUUCACAACAUUCUCUCAGGUCAUCAGAGGGUCUCUGUGAGCAGUCUGCUAGUAUGUCACGGUUUGCUGCUAGUGGGGACGAAUCUUGGCGUGACGGUAGCUCUGAGUGUCCCCCGACUACAGGGCAUCCCCAAGGUCACAGGACGAGGCAUGGUGUCCUUCCACGCCCAUCACAGCCCUGUGAAGUUCCUCAUCAUGGCGUCACCUGUACGGAACGCUCUUCCCACCAUCACCACCUCGCCCGGUCAGCGUGUUCCUCCUCCAGAAGAUGACGAAGCUCCCGGUUCUACUGCUUCCCUUCUCGCUGAGGGAGACGGCAUCCAGCCCGUCCCCAUCCGCCAGGACUCGCUCUCGUCCUCCCGCAGCUCCCUGGAGCACGGCCCAGAGGACGGCGCCAUCUAUGACCUCCUCAGUGACCCGGCGCACUCCCAGAACACCAAGCGGGCGCAGCGGGAGAACGUGAGCUCGGUGCUGGUGCUGUCUGGUGGCUCGGGUCACCGAAAAAUCAACCGGAAGAGCAAAGCGGCACGGCAUGAAGAAAACGUGCCCACAGUCAUGGUGUGGCAGAUCCCCGUGUCGGACGUGUGAUGCAGGAUGAUGAUGGCGAAGACGAUGAUGAUGAUGAUAUUUGAUGGGCUGAUGCAAUCCGUGUCCUUCCCUGUGCGUUUGAGGCAUUUCUCUCCUCGUGCGGGAUCUACAGACUCACCAUGGCGUUGAAAGAAAGGGAAAUGGGGAUGGAAGGACGAGUUGGACGAUCUGAUCACUGCAGCUCGAUUGAUUCCCAGUGUGGGUGUGGGAUCUGCAAAAAUGGACUUUUAAUGGACGACUUACUUGAAAUGGCUAUUCAUGGGAAUUUAAGUCACUGCAAUGCCACUGAACUUUCUUGUCUAGUCCUUCUUGUUGUUGUUUUCCUUUUUUUAAUAUUGUGAACCCUGUGCUAAUUGAAGUAACACCGCUAACGCAAAGGUUUCUUUUCCUCUUUAGCUGCCGUCCGUUUAAAAUUCUUCAUUCCAGUUUAUACGCCUUGAAAUCUUUUACAUUUCAUUUGACAAAUCUUCACAUAUUUCGGCUCUUACUUCUGUUCUAAAGUUCCGGAUUAUAAUUUGGGUGUAACCAAAAGAGAGACGGAACUCAACAUAUUUAUCUUUCACGUGUAAAGUGGCGUUAAUUGAUGACCGAGACGGUAUGAUCGUACGCCAUGCGAAGAAAACCUGCGUGUUUUGCCAUCAUUGUCAUUUCUGUAUUGCCACGACAUCACCAAAAAAAAUUUCAAGGUGUUGGGAAGACCUUGAAAUGUGCCUUCUUACCAAAAAUAUUUAGGGAAAUUUAUAUUUCUUCACUUUUUUUUCCCUCAUAAACCAUGAAUCCAUGAACAACCCCGUUUUUAAAUAUGACAAUUUGCCAAAAAGACAAAAAGAGAGCGCGUGAUCUGACCUCACAUGGUGAUCAAACCACCAACAGCUAACUGAUAGUCGUGGGUUGUUUUUUGUUUUAUUUAGGAAAAAUGCUUGGAAUUUCUGGCAGGCCAGAUUUCCGACUCCAUAAUAAACAUGGACAGUUUUAUUCGACACUAGCGGAUGUUUCAUAUACAUAUAAUUAAAUUAAUUGAGCCACAUAUGGGUAUUUAAUAUGUUGGGGAAGAAAAGAAAGCUUUAUAAUAAGUCAGUAUCUCUUGUUGAUUUUUAAAUAAAUCUUAAUAACUGUCACAUUUUUCUAACAUGUAAUAAUCCUACGUUUCUUACCUAAAAAUCGUAACUCGUUUGGUUUAUUUUUAUUUCUGCACACCAUAAUACACAUGGAUGACUCGUCGAAAAUGGAAAAACGAACGGCUGUUAUGUUACGUUCACACUAUGAAGCGGCACAAGUAACUUGUCGCUCAUGGGCGUGGCCUGUACAACUUUUUUUUUAAAUAUAUACAUUUCUGAUAAGAAGCUUAAGCUAACUAGUUAAACAGAAAUUAAACUAGAUAGAGACUGUUAAUAAAGUCACAGUGAUUUGCGCUAGCUCUUACAAAAUGGGGGGAAAAAAGCCCAUUUGUCGGUGAUCCAGAUCAGCACCAAAAGUCAUAGCAACGUAAGGUAUUCUUCAUGUGAAAUUUGGUGAUGAUUUGGUUGAAAACUGAGGGAUGACUAAAAAUGAUAGAAUGAUAAUAACAAGAAGAAAGUAGAAAGAUUCUGACUGAGAGUGACUAUUUGCGCUAGCGCAAAUUAAUAACAUGCUAAUCAGCGUGAAAAUCGGUUGAUUUGUAUGUGACGUACGCAACUUCAUACGAGCUAGCAAGCUGACUGUACUACCUGCGAGCUUCCUUCGUCUUCCAAGCUUUAUUUUUCUUUUUUUCUAUACACUUGAUGACGACAACGGUGGCACAAUUUUCGACGAUACGAUACUCGAUAUUUGGUAGGAAACUGCCAGUAAUACAGUAGUCUCGCAAUUUUUUUUUAACUCUUUGGUCAGUUAUACAUCAUCGACAAAAUGCAUUUAAUUUAUUUUCUGUAAAAAUGUACAAAUUUAAAAGACUGCGUACAAAAGUUCAGCAUCAAAUCAGAUGCUUUCCAUUCGCAGUUAAAUAUAUUUUAAAUAAAAUUUAAAUAGACGUACACUACCGUUCAAAAGUUUGGGGUCACCCAGACAAUUUUGUGUUUUCCAUGAAAAGUCACACUUUUAUUUCCCACCAUAAGUUGUAAAAUGAAUAGAAAAUCUAGUCAAGACAUUUUUCUGGCCAUUUUGAGCAUUUAAUCGACCCCACAAAUGUGAUGCUCCAGAAACUCAAUCUGCUCAAAGGAAGGUCAGUUUUAUAGCUUCUCUAAAGAGCUCAACUGUUUUCAGCUGUGCUAACAUGAUUGUACAAGGGUUUUCUAAUCAUCCAUUAGCCUUCUGAGGCAAUGAGCAAACACAUUGUACCAUUAGAACACUGGAGUGAGAGUUGCUGGAAAUGGGCCUCUAUACACCUAUGGAGAUAUUGCACCAAAAACCACACAUUUGCAGCUAGAAUAGUCAUUUAGCACAUUAGCAAUGUAUAGAGUGGAUUUCUGAUUAGUUUAAAGUGAUCUUCAUUGAAAAGAACAGUGCUUUUCUUUCAAAAAUAAGGACAUUUCAAAGUGACCCCAAACUUUUGAACGGUAGUGUAAAGCAGAUCGCAGUAGCAGUAUUGUAUCGUCAUAUCGCUCAAAAAGUCGUCGAUUCAAACGUGGCUGAAAUCCAACGGUGCCGCAAACAUGCACGGAAAACGAACUGCCGCUUUGUCGCUUGCUAGUGUGAACGUCGGGUCGGUGCUUUACAUGGUUCCGAGGCGCUUGAAGUGAAUUAAGACCUUUUCUAUUAGGGUUCUAGGGUUCUAUUAAACCAAAGAAAGGGGAAUGUGACGUUAUAUCACUAACACGUGGUUUGGUUUCCAUAUUCUCCAUGUCAGUCUGAUGGAACUGAGGUCUUAUGUUUUUUUUUGUUUGUUUUUUUUUAACAGAUUUUCACUCACACACUAAUCUCUUCUCGGAUUAACUUUGACUUACUGACACCAACGACAUGAAAAGCAUAUUUAAACUUCUAUUCAGAGACCCUGAUUUAUUUUAUUUUUAAUUUUUUCCAAACUGUCUGGAGCAAGGUUGGAUUUUGCGUAACGUAUUUGAACGAGUUGUUCCCUGAAGUGCGUAAAAUAACGAUAAUAAAGAACAACUUCUUUGUAAUUACAGCUUGUGAAACUCUCCUCGCAGGAUUUUCCGCCUUCUCCUCUGCGACCGGAUGCCUAUAAGACGAAAGCUUGUCGUUUUUGCUACCAAAAUAAGACUUGUACCAAUAUGUGUUUAAAAAGAUGUAUUAUGAUGCAUUAACAAGUAAAGGUCUGAAUUUUGCCUUUAA